GGCGUGGGGCGGUGCUGCCCCCAUGCCUAGCUUGUUAGUAGCUUGUUAGUAGCUUGUUAGUAGCUUGUUAGUAGCUUGUUAGUAGCUUGUUAGUAGCUUGUUAGUAGCUUGUUAGUAGCUUGUUAGUAGCUUGUUAGUAGCUUGUUAGUAGCUUGUUAGUAGCUUGUUAGUAGCUUGUUAGUAGCUUGUUAGUAGCUUGUUAGUAGCUUGUUAGUAGCUUGUUAGUAGCUUGUUAGUAGCUUGUUAGUAGCUUGUUAGUAGCUUGUUAGUAGCUUGUUAGUAGCUUGUUAGUAGCUUGUUAGUAGCUUGUUAGUAGCUUGUUAGUAGCUUGUUAGUAGCUUGUUAGUAGCUUGUUAGUAGCUUGUUAGUAGCUUGUUAGUAGCUUGUUAGUAGCUUGUUAGUAGCUUGUUAGUAGCUUGUUAGUAGCUUGUUAGUAGCUUGUGUCUUAAAGGAUGAGAAGAAUACUGUGAUUGAUUCUGAACGAGGUGGAUAGCUGUUAGCUGAUAGUCCCUUGGUUUGAAAUCUGAGCAUGGCAGACAUCGACAACAAAGAACAGUCUGAACUUGAUCAACAAGAUAUGGAAGAUGUUGAAGAAGUAGAAGAGGAGGAAGCUGGUGAAGAUGCCAACAGCAAAGCUCGGCAGUUGACUGUGCAGAUGAUGCAAAAUCCUCAGAUUCUUGCAGCUCUUCAGGAAAGGCUUGAUGGUCUGGUAGGAACAUCUACAGGAUAUAUAGAAAGCUUGCCUAAGGUUGUUAAAAGACGUGUGAAUGCUCUCAAGAAUCUUCAAGUUCAGUGUGCACAGAUAGAAGCAAAGUUCUACGAGGAAGUUCACGAGCUGGAAAGAAAAUAUGCUGCUCUCUAUCAGCCCUUAUUUGACAAGCGGAGUGAAAUCAUCAAUGCAAUCUAUGAACCUACAGAGGAAGAAUGUGAAUGGAAAGCAGAUGUUGAAGAAGAAAUUUCAGAGGAAAUGAAAGAGAAAGCCAAGCUUGAAGAAGAAAAAAAAGAUGAAGAAAAAGAAGACCCUAAAGGAAUUCCUGAAUUUUGGCUGACGGUAUUCAAGAACGUGGACUUGCUCAGUGAUAUGGUUCAGGAGCAUGAUGAACCUAUCCUGAAACACUUAAAAGAUAUAAAAGUGAAAUUUUCAGAAGUUGGACAGCCUAUGAGCUUCACAUUAGAAUUUCACUUUGAACCAAAUGACUAUUUCACAAAUGAAGUGUUGACAAAGACAUAUAGAAUGAGGUCAGAGCCAGAUGAUUCUGAUCCCUUCUCCUUUGAUGGACCAGAAAUCAUGGGAUGUACCGGCUGCCAAAUAGACUGGAAAAAAGGAAAAAAUGUUACUUUGAAAACCAUUAAGAAGAAGCAGAAGCACAAGGGUCGUGGAACAGUUAGAACAGUGACAAAAACUGUUUCAAAUGAUUCCUUCUUCAACUUCUUUAGUCCCCCUGAAGUUCCUGAAAGUGGAGACCUGGAUGAUGAUGCUGAGGCAAUCCUUGCUGCAGACUUUGAAAUAGGUCAUUUCUUACGUGAACGUAUAGUCCCCCGAUCAGUAUUGUACUUCACAGGAGAAGCUAUUGAAGAUGAUGAUGAUGAUUAUGAUGAAGAAGGUGAAGAGGCAGAUGAUGAGGAGGGGGAAGAAGAAGCAGAUGAAGAAAACGAUCCUGAUUAUGACCCAAAACAGAAGGAUCAAAACCCAGCAGAAUGCAAGCAGCAGUGAAGCAGUGUGUAUGUGGCCUUGAGGAUUACCUGCACUGUAAUAGCCUAAACACAACUAUUAGUUACUUACAGCCUUAUGUUUUGUAUCUUGGUAGAAUUAAGUAACCAAUUUGUUAAAAAAAAUAAAUAAAUAAAAUCAAAAGCAUAAGAACCAGUUUAAAAUGUAGGUUCAAUCUACCUAGCAUUUUAACAGUAUAAUUUUCUGCCAAUAUGUAGAAUGCAGUAAAUCCCCUAAAGCAUGAAUGUUAAUUCAUUGCUACAUAGUUUGGUUCUUGUGAAGUCUUUGUCAUGUAGCUAUUAGACUGCAGCUGUGAAGAUUAUCAGAACUGUUAACCGAGACCAAUAUUUGUUUAGAGAAAACUCUCUCCUGAAGAACCAACCAAAGUAUUUUUCAGCCCAGUAGUCUGAACGGGUUUAAGUCUGCUUGCACUAGCUGUGCCUUCAUUACUUUGUUAUAGAAAUGGCAGUGACUUGUACUAACUAGGAGAUGAUGAUGCAUUUUGAAUUUGACUACUUGAGAAGAUUAGUAUGACUUGUUUAAUUUCCAGCGAGACCACAUUAAACAUUCAUAACUGUCAGCUUGUUUAUGCUAUGGGUUUUGUAUUUUAUGUGACAUAGUGAUCUACAAAAGAAACCUAGUCCUCAUAUUAAGGUUAUUGUUUACCACUGGGGUGUGAAUAAAACCUAGUAUUUUCAGAA